AUGGUGAUGGCUCAUAAGGAAAAUGAAGCGCCCCCUGCGCCCCCUGCUCCCCCUGAAGGGCAAAAUAAAGAGAAAGAGGGUGGAUCUGGUCAAGCUAAAGAUGAAGAUGAAGCAACUCCACCUAAUGCUCUACCUAAAGAUGGAAAUCUUCAAUCACUGGAAAGGAAAGAUUCAGAAUGGUCUCUUGGAGAAGGGCCUCCAGCAGAAGAACAAGAUAAGCAGAAUGCCAAUUCCCAGUUAUCCACGUUAUUUGUUGAAAAGCCUCAGUCUGGCACAGUGAAAGUUGGUGGUGAUAUUACCUUUUUAGCCAAAGUGGAAGCCAAAGAUCUUCUCCGAAAGCCAACUGUCAAAUGGUUCAAAGGAAAAUGGAUGGAUUUGGCCAGCAAAGCGGGAAAACACCUUCAACUGAAGGAAACAUUUGAAAGGCAAACCAGGAUGUAUACGUUUGAGAUGCAAAUCAUCAAGGCCAAGGAGAAUUAUGCUGGAAAUUACAGAUGUGAAGUUUCAUAUAAAGACAAGUUUGACAGCUGCUCAUUUGAUCUUGAAGUCAAAGAAUCUACUGGAACAACUCCAUCUAUUGAUAUCCGAUCUGCUUUCAAAAGAAGUGGUGAAGGCCAAGAGGAUGCAGGAGAACUUGACUUUAGUGGUCUCCUGAAGCGUAGAGAGAUUAAACAAGAAGAAGAACCAGAUAUAGAUGUGUGGGAGCUUCUAAAGAAUGCCAAUCCCAAUGAAUAUGAGAAGAUUGCAUUUCAAUAUGGAAUCACCGACCUGAGAGGCAUGCUCAAACGGCUUAAGCGUAUGCGCAGGGUAGAGAAGAAGAGUGCAGCUUUUGCCAAAAUUCUGGAUCCUGCGUAUCAGGUGGAUAAAGGAGGAAAAGUAAGGUUUGUUGUGGAACUGACAGAUCCAAAGGUGGAAUUGAAGUGGUAUAAAAAUGGCCAAGAGAUUCGACCCAGUACAAAAUACAUCUUUGAACACAAAGGUAACCAGAGAAUAUUGUUCAUCAACAACUGCACCCUGGCAGAUGAUUCUGAAUAUUACGUGUCAGCUGGGGAUGAGAAAUGUUCCACCGAACUCUUUGUAAGAGAGCCUCCAAUAUUGGUGACCAAGCAACUGGAAGAUACCAAUACCUAUUGUGGUGAGAGAGUAGAGUUAGAUUGUGAAGUGUCAGAAGAAGGUGCCAAUGUGAAAUGGUUUAAGAAUGGUGAGGAAAUAGACACUGGCCCGAGAUCUAGAUACAAAGUUAAGGUUGAUGGGAAGAAGCACAUUUUGAUCAUAGAUGGAGCAACGAAGGCUGACAAUGCAGAAUAUUCAGUAAUGACAACAGGAGGACAAUCUUCUGCUAAACUUAGUGUUGACUUGAGACCCCUGAAGAUAGUGCAGCCCCUAACAGAUACUACUGUGAAACUUGGGAAAGAAAUCACUCUGAGGUGUGAGCUUUCUGAAAACAUAACGGGAAAAUGGACCAAAAAUGGUCUACCUGUUCAAGAGAGUGACCGGUUAAAGAUACAGCAUAAAGGAAGAAUCCACAAGUUAGUUAUUGGCACCUCUGCUGUUGAAGAUGAGGGCGAGUAUGUAUUUACACCAGAUGCCUACUCAGUUACUUUGUCAGCAAAAGUUCACGUCAUAGAUCCUCCCAAACUCUACUUGGAUGGUCUUGAUGCUGACAACACAGUGACAGUAGUUGCAGGAAGCAAACUUCGUCUUGAAAUCCCAGUUACUGGAGAGCCACCUCCAAAGGCUAUAUGGAGCAGAGCAGAUAAGUGUAUCAUGGAGUCUGGGGGCCGCAUCCGAGCAGAAUCUUACCCUGAUAGCAGCACUUUGGUCAUUGAUGUUGCUGAAAGGGAAGACUCGGGUAUCUACAAAAUCAACCUAAAGAAUGAAGCUGGAGAAGCACAAGCUAGCAUCAAAAUUAAAGUGGUUGAUAUUCCUGAUCCUCCAGUAGCUCCUUCUGUGGCAGAUGUGGGUGAUGAUUGGUGCAUAAUGAACUGGGAGCCCCCGGUGAAUGAUGGCGGGUCUCCAAUCUUAGGGUAUUUUAUUGAAAGAAAAAAGAAACAAAGCUCCAGGUGGAUGAGGCUGAAUUUUGACCUCUGUAAAGAAACCACUUUUGAGCCCAAGAAGAUGAUUGAAGGUGUUGCCUAUGAAGUUCGGAUAUUCGCCGUUAAUGCUAUUGGCAUUUCCAAGCCCAGUAUGCCCUCAAAGCCGUUUGUUCCCUUGGCGGUAACCAGUCCACCCACUCUUUUGGCAGUUGACUCUAUAACAGAUACCACCGUGACAAUGAAAUGGCGGCCCCCAGACCAGAUUGGUGCAGCAGGUUUAGAUGGCUAUGUAGUAGAGUAUUGCCUUGAAGGAAGUGAGGAGUGGAUAGUAGCUAACCCAGAACUGACUGACAAAACCAAGUAUACCAUCACUGGUCUGCAGACCGACUCCAGAAUCUUUGUGAGAGUUAAAGCUGUGAAUGCCGCUGGAGCCAGUGAGCCAAAGUAUUAUGCACAGCCUAUUUUAGUCAAGGAAAUUAUAGAACAUCCGAAGAUUCGUAUACCUCGGCAUUUAAAACAAACCUAUAUCCGGAGAGUUGGAGAAGCUGUGAAUCUCGUUAUACCUUUCCAGGGAAAACCAAGGCCAAAGUUAUCUUGGAAUAAAAAUGGUGUUCCUGUGGAUAAAAAUGAAAUAAACAUCCGCAAUUCUGAAACAGAUACCAUCAUAUUUAUCCGGAAAGCCGAGAGGAGUCAUUCUGGAAAAUAUGAUCUGAAAGUGGAAGUAGAUACCUUUGUGGACAGUGCUUCUAUAGAUAUUCAGAUAGUCGACCGUCCAGGUCCACCCCAAGUGGUGAAGAUUGAAGAUGUCUGGGGAGAAAAUGUUGCUUUAACAUGGACUCCACCAAAAGAUGAUGGAAAUGCUGCCAUUACUGGGUAUACGAUUCAAAAAGCUGAUAAAAAGAGUAUGGAGUGGUUCACUGUAAUUGAACACUAUCACAGAACCAAUGCCACUAUUACUGAACUUGUCAUUGGAAAUGAGUAUUACUUCCGAGUGUUUGCAGAAAAUAUGUGUGGCCUCAGUGAGGAAGUAACCAUGACCAAAGAGAGUGCAGUGAUCGCUAAAGAUGGUAAAGUCUACAAAAAUCCAAUUUAUGAAGACUUUAAUUUCACCGAGGCACCAAUGUUUACUCAACCUUUGGUUAACACUUAUGCUAUAGCUGGUUAUAAUGCUACGCUGAACUGCAGUGUGAGAGGAAAUCCCAAGCCCAAAAUAACCUGGAUGAAAAACAAAGUGGCAAUCUUGAAUGACCCAAGAUAUAGAAUGUUCAGUAAUCAAGGAGUCUGCACUCUGGAGAUUCGCAAGCCUAGUCCAUAUGACGGAGGUACUUACUCAUGCAAAGCAGUCAAUGAACUUGGGGAAGAAGAAAUAGAGUGCAAACUGGAAGUCAAAGUGAUAUAUCAAGGAUUAAUUACCCCAGGACAACCAUUCUUCUUGGCGGGGGAGCAGCAGUUGUAGCACAGUAAGGAUUUUUGAAUGUAUAUUGUCAUCUAAGGU